AACACACACACAAACACACACACAAACACACACACAAACACACACACAAACACACAAUACCACAAAAUCCCAUCAGACAGAAUUUCCACACAAUUCACACAUCAACAACUUCAUUUUUCAAUUUCUGCUGCUACAAUCUCUCACUUGUGUUGUCUUACAGCUGCCAGAGACAUCUCUAGGAAGUCUAGACAAGCCUAAGGCCCUUGAGUUCUUCCACAUCGAGUCUCUAAGUCAUCCCAACUACCCGAUCCUCAUUGAGGCUCGCACGCCAGAGAUUAGAGACUCUUGGCUCUCAGGCAUCGAGGAGUACGUCGUUGAUACAGCAUCGGUCGAGGACCUGCUCUUUGACGACGAACUCCGCGUCCUCUCCCAGGAUAUAGACGAGGAGGACGCAGGUGUCGUAUCUCCUGUCCCGGAGGUCCAGGAGUUCGAGGACCUUCCCGAGGACGACGAACUUUCCGAUCCGUUCCCCAGAAAGUCUCAAGUGACCAUCGAGAGAGAGCCUUCUCCUCCACACAAGAGACAGAAACCCGAAACACAGCCGCUAGAAGGAGUGCAGGAAGCCGCGAAGUCAGGCCCGGAAGCAUCUACCCAGCAGAGAGCAGCAGUAGCAGCAGCAGCAGCAGAACCCGCCAGCAGCCCUAAAGCGGCGGAGCAGCAGGCAAAAGGACUUACACUAGAGCAGGUAGAGGCACCAGAACCCAGUGUUGUAGCAGAGCAGGGACAGGCCCCCACCACAGCGUCACCACCCACCACCCCAAAGGAAACCCAACUUGCCGAGCAACAGGACCUCGCUGAGGGACUGUUGAAGGCAGACGCUAGCCCCGUCUCGGAGGCGCUCUUGACGGAUCCCGACGCCUGUGUAGAACCUCAUGGGGCAGUAGGGGACAUUUGGAGCGAGAGAGACCUAUCACCACCCUCAAAGAAGGCCAAAAUCCCAACCAGAGUUGAGGAGGAGGAGACUUUGCAGGAAGCACAGGAAGGCUCUGUAACCACUGCUGGGGAGGCUGAGGCUGAGGGCCUGCAGGAGGAGGAGAUCGAUAUAUGGGGAUCGCGAGGCUCCUCCCCACCACUGAGAAUAGGACAAGCCACACAAGCCCAGGAGGGUACCCCAUCACCGCCUUCAGGAGGACCACCUGAUCAGGAUCUUCUAACUGAGUCACCUGUAAAGGAGCCUGAAGAAAAUGAUUUUUGGGGUCCAGGAGAUGUAUCGCCUCCACUAAGGAUAAGGGCCACUGAAGAAACUAUAGAAGCUACUCCUUCACCGCCUGGCGAAGAACAGCUCGAGGAGAAACCUAGAGUUGAAGCGGAAGAAACAAGUCCUGAAGGUUCCCAACGAGAAGAAAUUGAUAUAUGGGGUUCCCGAGAGACUUCUCCGCCAUUGAGGAUCAGACCUGAGAUCGUUGAUACAGAACCCACCUCGCAGUUACCCGCCGAAAAAGCGACAACUGAAGAGCCCGAAGAUGAGGAGGAGGAGGAGCAGGACUCCGACGACUUCUGGGUAGCUAAAGAUUCUCCGCCACCAAUUAGGAGGAUAAAAAUAGAGGUGGAGGAGACAGAGGAGAGGGAAGCAGAACAAAAAAAUGAUGGAGAUGAGACCAGAGAAACGUGUCAGACAGACGACAAUGACGAAGAUCUCGUAGAAAGGUGGUUUGGUGCAGAAGACACUCACACCCGGGUCGUCGUCUUGGAGUCAAUACAAAAGCAGGAAGAGGAGAAGUUUUGGAAAUCAAAGGCCACGAUUGAAGUCACUAGUGACGAGACAUCGGCAGUCAGACAUCAGGCUGUAGAAGAAACUGAACAGGAAAUUUCCGAACAGUUCAGGCAAAACGAAUCUAACGUCACCAUCUGGAGCUCGGAAGCGUUUUCGACUUCGCUGAGACCACGAAGAGCAGUUCCCUUUAUAGACGAAGAAGAAGAAAAAGAGCGAAUCGUUACAGGUACCGAGGAGACUCCAAUCGAACCGACAGAAGAGUCGCCAGACGAAGCACUGCUCGAGAGAUGGUUUGAUUCAGAUGAAGCGAGAACACAAGUUGUGUAUGAAAUUGUUACAGAAGAAAGAGAACAGCUGGAACAUGUUAGUGACGAAGAACAUCUCUCUCCGCCUCCUAAGAGGCGCAAAAGCUUUAGAGACGAACAAUUGCAAGACGUGAAGGAGGAGGAAGACGAGGUUGCGGAUAUUUGGGGACCAAGAGCCUUUUCGCCGCCACCGAGAAGCCAUGUUAUAGUGACUGAAGAAGUUACUCCUUCACCACCUAAUGAAGUAGAGACUCUCGAAGAGCCAGCAGGUGAAGUUACAGCAGAAGUGGAAGUGGCUGUUGAGGAACCUACAGCUGAAACUUCUCUUGUAGUUGAAGAAAUAGAAGAGAUCAAUAUUUGGGGUUCAAGAGACUCUUCACCACCACUGAGGAGACCUGUUGCAGAAAUUGAAGUUACUCCUUCGCCACCUGUAGAAGUAGAGACUCUUGAAGAACCUCCACUUGAAGCUGCUCCUUCGCCACCUGUAGAAGUAGCAGCUGUUGAAGAACCAACAGCUGAAGAUGCUCCUGUAGCUGAAGAAAUCGACAUUUGGGGUUCUGGAGACUCUUCACCUCCACUGAGGAGACCUUUUGCAGAAGUUGAAGUUACUCCUUCACCGCCUGCUGAAGUAGAGACUCUUGAAGAACCUCCACUUGAAGCUGCUCCUUCGCCACCUGUAGAAGAAGCAGUUGUUGAGGAACCAACAGUUGAAGAUGAAGAUGCUCCUGUAGCUGAAGAAAUCGACAUUUGGGGUUCAAGGGACUCUUCACCACCACUAAGAAGACCUUUUGCAAAAGUUGAAGUUACUCCUUCACCGCCUGCUGAAGUAGAGACUCUUGAAGAACCUCCACUUGAAGCUGCCCCUUCGCCACCUGUAGAAGAAGAAGCCGUUGAAGAACCAACAGCUGAAGAAAUCGACAUUUGGGGUUCAAGGGACUCUUCACCACCACUAAGAAGACCUGUUGCAGAAGUUGAAGUUACUCCUUCACCGCCUGCUGAAGUAGAGACUCUUGAAGAACCUCCACUUGAAGCUGCCCCUUCGCCACCUGUAGAAGAAGAAGCCGUUGAAGAACCAACAGCUGAAGAAAUCGACAUUUGGGGUUCAAGGGACUCUUCACCACCACUAAGAAGACCUGUUGCAGAAGUUGAAGUUACUCCUUCACCGCCUGCUGAAGUAGAGACUCUUGAAGAACCUCCACUUGAAGCUGCCCCUUCGCCACCUGUAGAAGAAGAAGCCGUUGAAGAACCAACAGCUGAAGAAAUCGACAUUUGGGGUUCAAGGGACUCUUCACCACCACUAAGAAGACCUGUUGCAGAAGUUGAAGUUACUCCUUCACCGCCUGCUGAAGUAGAGACUCUUGAAGAACCUCCACUUGAAGCUGCUCCUUCGCCACCUGUAGAAGUAGCAGCUGUUGAAGAACCAACAGCUGAAGAUGCUCCUGUAGCUGAAGAAAUCGACAUUUGGGGUUCUGGAGACUCUUCACCUCCACUGAGGAGACCUUUUGCAGAAGUUGAAGUUACUCCUUCACCGCCUGCUGAAGUAGAGACUCUUGAAGAACCUCCACUUGAAGCUGCUCCUUCGCCACCUGUAGAAGAAGCAGUUGUUGAGGAACCAACAGUUGAAGAUGAAGAUGCUCCUGUAGCUGAAGAAAUCGACAUUUGGGGCUCAAGGGACUCUUCACCACCACUAAGAAGACCUGUUGCAGAAGUUGAAGUUACUCCUUCACCGCCUGCUGAAGUAGAGACUCUUGAAGAACCUCCACUUGAAGCUGCUCCUUCGCCACCUGUAGAAGAAGCAGUUGUUGAGGAACCAACAGUUGAAGAUGAAGAUGCUCCUGUAGCUGAAGAAAUCGACAUUUGGGGUUCAAGAGACUCUUCACCUCCACUAAGAAGACCUGUUGCAGAAGUUGAAGUUACUCCUUCACCGCCUGCUGAAGUAGAGACUCUUGAAGAACCUCCACUUGAAGCUGCCCCUUCGCCACCUGUAGAAGAAGAAGCCGUUGAAGAACCAACAGCUGAAGAAAUCGAUAUUUGGGGUUUAAGAGACUCUUCACCUCCACUGAGGAGACCUGAGACAAAGGUUGACGUCUCCCCACCUGCCGAAGGCCCCAAAGUUGGGGAUAUUGUAGUUGCUGAAAAAUCUGAAGAAGUUGAAAUUUGUGCCACUGGAAAAACUUCGUUGCCUUUAAGAUCUGUUGUGAAGGUGGAUGACGCGUCUCUUUCACCACCGGACACUGAGGCUGAAGACGCUGGACUUCCAUCUGACUUCUGGUCUCGCAACGAGUCACCACCUCUGAGGCCAAAACUUGUGUUAGACUCAGUACCUGAGCCGAUUGGAGUCGAGACAGCAGACGCUAGCAAAACCUCAGAUGAUGUCUUCUUGCUGUUUGACGAACUCGCAGAGGAGAGUAAACCGCUUCUACCAGAUGGCACCGAGGAUUUGUCAGGGGACUUUUGGGCCGGCAGAUCCAUUUCUCCGCGCACUGGGUCUAAACACUCGCAGACCCCGACGGAAGAGGCGGAAGAGGUAGACUUUUGGGCCAAAACAGGAGACGACUCUCCUCCUCUAAGACUCAAGGCUGGUGAAGUCUUCCCUGCAGAGGUUGCAGAGCUCCCUGGGGACGUUCCGUCCCCCGAGUCUGCUUCCCCCCAACGAUCAAAGACUCCAACUCCAGAAGAGGAAAUAGGCAAAGAUAAGGAAGUGCAAGCAAUGUCGCAGAAGUUGAGCGAACAAUUGGCUCUACAACAACGACAACAACAAGAGGAAGAAGAAGAGAGAAAGAAGAGAGAGAGAGAACAGGCGAGGUUAGAUAAGGAGCGUGAAGAACAAGAGAAGCAAGAGAAAGAGAGGUUAGAGAAAGAGAAGAAAGAAAGGGAAGAAAAAGAAAAGAAAGAGAGAGAAGAGAAAGAAAAACUAGAGAAAGAGAAGAAAGAAAAGGAAGAAAAAGAAAAGAGAGACUAG